AUGAAGAGAGAGAGAGAGAAGAAGAGUGUUGCUGUAAAUAAGCAGCAGCAGAAGAAGAUUGAGAAGAUAUUAGAGUCUCAAAUGCACUUCAUGAUCCAGAAUAUUGAGAAGACAGCCCUGCUCUCUGAGCAUGUCAAUCUGCUUACUACUGAGAUGAAACCUGAGAUAGCAGACCAGAAAAUGCAGGAUUUUGAGACACAGGUUGAUCUGGCUAAGAGGAAGCAGUGA